CGCUUAUUUAGUUAAUGUGCUACCUCGGAUGUGUCAAUGGUUCUUAAACUUAAGUUCCGGAAAUAAACGUCUGUAUAAUAUACUUCCUCACAAUUGUCACAUCCAGGGUGAAGUUUACAUCUCUGCUUAUCAAACUUAAAUUUUCAGUCUUACUAUUGAAAAUACUCAGUAUACAUUUACCCCCAUUUCAAAGUUGACAAAAAUGGUGAAAGCAAACAGACUACAUAAUUUUGAACUUCUUCAGGAGAAGCUUGACAAAGAGACGAAUGCAUUGGAACAAAAAAUGUUAGAUGUAAAACCGUGGUAUCUGCAAGGUGAAGUUGUUGCUGCUGAACGAAGUGAAAAUACUUUACUUGAAGAACACUUCGAUGUGCAACGUCAUGGUCUUUUCAAACCGGGUGCUCAAGACGAAGAUGUAAUCAAUAAUUAUAUAAUAAAAGCAAUAAAAGAAAGAACUUUUGACAGCCCUGUUUUUAAAGUUAAAGAAGUAGAGAAAUCAUUCAAAGAACUUCCACUCCAAAAUGUCGUUCAGAAGUCAUUGGUUGAAGAGUACGAAUCCUUUCUGCGGCGGAAUAAGAUUCUCGAAGAAGAUCAAGGAGAUCCGAAGAAAAAUGCAAUUCAAGCUGAAAUUUCGGAACUCUUUGAUAGUUUGGACAGACUUUCUUCCCUGCAUUUUGUACCACACAAGAUCUGGCUCCUCGUCUUCAACACUAAACUUUCAAACAAUGGGUUGUGGGUUCAAACCCUAUACCAUUUUCUUUGGCCUGAAGUGGGUAGCAUCAUAAGCCCUCACCCAAUAAGUGUACCUCAUAACCUAGUAGUUAAACUCGCAUCGAGUUGAGUUACACUGACAUUAUUUAAGAAUUUGAGUUAUUAUACCUCAUUUACUCUUGAUUGAAAACCGAUUACCUACGCUAAUUAGUUACAAUAUCAUUGUUGUGAUAUAAUAAACUGGUGAUCUUUACAUUUGAUAUCUACCCUCUCUUUCAGUACAUACCUGAAGCCGCUUCUGCCAAAAAUGAUGCAGCUUCGAAAUUGGAAGAGCUUGGACCAACGGUUACCUCAACUGCUGAUAUGUUGGCUCCAGAGGAGAUUUGUCCACCGAGAGGUGAAGUGAUCAUAGGUAAAAACGAACGUACGCUUGCUGAUCGUCGGCGACACCGUCGAAAACUGAUGAGGAUAAGGUCGAAGCAUCUUAACCCUGCUAAGAAGGGAAAAUUAGAUGAUAGACAAAUAGCCAUGGCUAAGAUAACGAAAUUGGCACAUCGUCCCAACUCUAAUAUCAAGAUUGUAAAGUGAAAACAAGCUAUUUCAUUCUGCAUUAUCAGAAUGUGUAUUUUCAAUAAACUUAUGUACACUGAUCUGAAUAUGUUUACCUCUUACUGUCGUGUUUCACAGGGUAAAUUUUAGGGUUCAUAAAAUUGGCACUUCAAACUAAUUCUCAUCCCAUACAUCUUUGUCGAUCUUUUUCUUCCAACUUGUUCUUUGUAAUAUGCUACUAUGGCAGCUUGAACUGAUGUACUUCUGUGCGAGUUUGUACAUUGAUUUUUUUCUGUCUGCAUCCCAAACAUUCUCAAACUACCAAUCAAGGUGUUUAGAAGACUAGAUCUUCUCAGAGUUUUCCUCUGGUAGGAUAAUGUCAUAUACUUACUCUGGA